AUGGACACGAGCCGCCUGCAGCCCAUCAAGCUGGCCCGAGUCACCAAAGUGCUGGGCCGGACAGGCUUGCAGGGGCAGUGCACCCAGGUCCGUGUGGAAUUCAUGGAUGACACCAGCCGUUCGAUUAUCCGCAACGUGAAAGGCCCAGUCCGGGAAGGGGAUGUCCUCACGCUGUUGGAGUCUGAACGCGACGCCCGGCGGUUGCGCUGA